AAACUACUUUAAAAAAAAAAAAAAUGAAUCUAAUUCCAUUAACAACUAUAUUAUAAGCUGAAAAAUAAUAAGCAACUUGAUUACACAGCAGCACGACCAGGUUGCUUGAUCAACGUUAUGUUUCACGUGGAAACCUCGAAAACUCUGAAUUCAGUCAACCUCAUCAACAAACAUGGCAAUGACAAAACACAACAUUAGAGGUAUAACAAAUUAAAGGGCACUCUUUGUCUUUUGUCUUUAUUUCUGUUGCCACCAAACAUGAUUGAAGAACCAUUUGUCCUCAACAAGGACUAUGAUGUGGACAUCAAAUCUAUUAAGAAGAAAUCUUCAUUGACAUUGAAGUUGGCAGUUUUAAUGUUAGCUACUGUUUAUACAAUAUACAUUUGCUCAAUUAAUUUAGAGCAACCUAUGGUUGAUCUCAUUCGCACAAGCACCAAGUUGUUGGAACUAAGAUCAUUCACAAACCAUUCAUGUCAUCCUUCUCUUGUCGAAGAAUUCGAUCUCCCCUACUUGCAUUAUCCACACCCAAAAACUUUCAACAGGGAGGAGUGUGGUUGCAAUCCUGUGCGAUAUUUCUGCAUCAUAUCAAUGCAAAGAUCUGGGAGUGGAUGGUUUGAGACACUUUUGAAUAGUCACAUUAAUAUAAGUUCCAAUGGAGAAAUAUUUUCUAAAGCCAAAAGAAGGGAAAAUGUUUCAUCAAUUUUAAAGACAAUGGAUAAGGUGUACAAUCUUGAUUGGUUUACUAGUGCUUCCAAGAAUCAAUGCAAUGCUGCUGUGGGAUUCAAGUGGAUGCUUAAUCAGGGUUUGAUGAAGCAUCAUAAGGAGAUAGAGGAAUAUUUCCAAAGUAAAGGAGUUUUUGCAAUAUUCCUUUUAAGAAGGAAUUUCUUACGUAGAGUAGUAUCUGUGUUAGCAAAUUCCUAUGACAAAUAUGCCAAGCCACUCAAUGGAACCCACAAAUCUCAUGUCCACUCCACAAUAGAGGCUGAAGUUCUUGCUAUUUACAAGCCACGGAUCAAUACCACAUCACUAAUGAUAGAGCUAAAGCAAACAGAAGAGAUAGCUGCAAAAGCAAUUGAAUACUUCAAUAAUACUCAUCACAUUGUUCUCUACUAUGAAGAUCUAAAAAAUCCAACGAAACUGAAGGAUGUUCAAGAAUUUCUAAGAUUGCCAUAUAGAGAUUUGCAAAGCCAUCAGUUUAAGAUUCACACUGCACCAUUGUCAAAGCAAAUUGAAAAUUGGGAUGAAGUACAAGAAGCAUUAAAAGGGACCCCUUAUCAGAGUUUUCUCUACACAGACUAA